AGUAGAGGUACAACUUUCGACAUGAAGCUUCUUUGCAGUGUGCUAAUCCUGGCCAGCAUUAUUGCCGCCAACGCCAAGCCCAAUAAUCAGAUCCAAAACGCUUUGGAUCAGUAUCUGGUUCAUGCCCGCACUCUGGAUACCAUUGUUUCUGAGGAUGUGACCACCCAGUGCUUUAACCUCUAUAUGCCCAUGCUUAACGACUUGGCUGCCACAUUUUCAAGUUCCUAUCAAGAAUGUAUUAGCAUUGCCAAUGCCCAGACCACAAAUUUGACCACCCAGGCCGAUCAGCAGCAGAAGACCUACCAGUCUGAGGUCUCCACUCUCUGCAGUGCCUUCGCCGCCUGUGAUAGCAACAAUGAUACCACCAACUUCUUUAACUGCUAUGCAAGUGCGGCCGAGAAUGAUAUCUCCGUGAUAUACAACCUUUCCAGCAAUGCUGCCAGUUCUGCCAGUUCUUUGGCUCUGGGAAUCCAAUCCAUCCAGACCCAGGAGUAUCUCUGCACCAAUACAACGCAGAACAACUACGUCAGGGAUACAGCUGCCACUUAUGAUUUGCUGGAUAGCUGCCUGAAGUACGGAGUGCCAACUAGUACCUCUACAGCUGCCCCGACAGCCACCACUACAGAUGUGCCUUUCUAUUUUGAUCUUUAAUUAUAAACCUGAACUUUGUUCAACUUUUUCUGAGAACUUUAAUUCCAGCAACAAAUCAGAGAGCCAAUUAAGACAAAAAUAAACAUUUUAAAGGUUCA